AUGGCAGGUGUUGUCCACCGCCACCACCACUUUGCCAGGAGAGGAUACCGUCAAAGGGUGUAUGUUGAACGUACCAAGCCACUGGAGCAAUACACCACUAAGGAGCUGUAUGUCCGGUUCUGCUUUGGGAAGGCUGAUAUAGAGUACCUUGUGAACCUUCUCAGGCCAAAACUUCAACACAGAACCCAAAGGAGUCACGGUCUGCCUGUGGAAGACCAGAUCCUCACUGCUCUCCGAUUUUAUGCAUGUGGGACUUUCUAUCAAGUUCUUGGUGACUAUAUGGGAGUGGUGAAAUCAGCUGUGUGUGAUGUGGUGAGAGAUGUGUCAAUCACACUGGCCAGCCUGGUCAAUGAAUUUGUUUCUUUUCCAAAGGACAACCAGAUUGCCCAGGCCAAGCGGAGCUUUUUUCUUUUGGGGAAUAUGCCCAAUACUAUUGGAGCAAUCGACUGCACACAUGUGCAUAUACAAGCACCUCGUGAGAAUGAAUGGGAGUUUAUAAACAGAAAGGGGAGGCACAGCAUCAAUGUCCAACUUGUGUGUGAUGCUGACCUCAUGAUCACCAACUGCGUUGUCAAGUGGCCUGGGUCUGUCCAUGAUGCACGCAUCCUGAGGGAGAGCGCUCUAUAUAGAGACCUCCAAACCAACCGACCGGAUGGCAUAAUAUUAGGAGACAGUGCCUACCCACUCCUACCAUGGCUGAUGACUCCUUCUCUAACAGCAAAUACACCGGCACAGGCAUGCUUCAACACUGCUCAUUGCAGAGCAAGAUGUGCAAUUGAGCGUUUAAAUGGAGUUCUUAAGAGGCGCUUUGCAUGCCUUAACUACCUGAGAGCGGAACCACAGAAAGCAUGCAACAUAACCCUUGCCUGUAUUGUCCUGCACAACAUCGCUACUAAGCGCAAUGUCCCUCUCUGUGCUGACAAUGAUGCACCUGAGCCCCUUGGAGACCCUGACCAACCUCCUGCAUUCUGCCAGAAUGAGCAAACAGGACGUGCAACAAGGGACGCAAUAGUUAGACACUAUUUCUGA